ACAAAAAAAUGUAAAUUAAUUUUAUUGAUUUAAUAUCGUAACACGAAGCUAGAUUACGUUAACUUGGUUUAACCGGCGCUACUGGACAAUACUUUACUUCCAUCCUUGGCCCUGACUAAAUACAUGUAUCAUCGCCAUUUUUAAAAUCAGAUAAAUUGAAUAUUUCAAUAACAAUCAAGUUAAAUAGAUGUUUAUCGUCACAAACACCGCUCAAAAUGUUUAAUAUUUCAUUAUUUUUCAGCAAAUUGCCCCCAUAUACCAUGUUUCUAAUUGCAAAGUAUUUCGCAUAGAAAGGGUUUUUAAAUUAUAGUUUAGGUGUAUAAUACUGAAAUAUUUAAAUAUAGCCACUUUCCUUUCUCCUUUCCUUCUUCAGACAGUCGUUUUCCAUAUCCAGAUAGAUUACUGCCAACCAAUCACAGCCUUUGUUGAACAAUUAUCAGGGCUGGAUUUAAUUUUUCUUUCUCUAUGUAAUUUAAUUCUUAUGCCUCUUAGAAGUUAACUCAGUGAAUGAGUUGUUUCAGCAAAACAUUCAUAUACGUUACAGACCAGAAUAAUUCCUUAGUGUUCAGUUGCAAGUUUGCAAGGCUAAACAUCCAGUAAUGAAGAACGACUUUUUCGGUUUCUGUAUUCCUCUCGCCAAAUACAUUUACAUAUUGCCCGAUAUUACUCCCCAAGACCGCACGAAGCCACUGCUCCAUAAAAUAUGUGCUGUUAUCAUAUACGUUUUGGCAUUGUUUUGUUACUUUUCCGAAGUUGUUAAACUUUACCAAAUCGUGACUGGGGAGUAUUUCGUAUAUGACGAGUUAAUCAGAAAUUACACGGUCAGUUAUUUUCAUUUUACAUCUCUUAUCAAAGCGAUCAAUAUAAAAGGUGCAAUUAGUGCUAGAGCAUUUAAAACAAUCAUCGGAUUUGAAGACAAUAUUUACAAUGGUGAAGAUGAGGAUAUUCGGAAAGUGUAUAAAGCUAGCGUAACUCCCAUACAAAGAGUGAGGAAGUACUACAUGGCUGGUAUGGUGAUGGUGGUAAUAUGUUAUGCUUGUGCUCCCGCAUUCAGGGAUCCUAUUGAAAUACAAAGAGAAAAUGAAACAAUUCGGAUUCGUCAACUACCCGUAUCUGCUUGGUCUCCUGUAGAGGAAUAUUUUUGGUUGGAUUUCGUGUGGAAAUCAUUAGUUGGCGCAUAUUUGGCCUAUUUUUUCGUUACAACCGACCUCAUUCUUUACAGUUUUAUUGCCUUUGGCGCCUGCCAGGUGAGAAUUCUUCAGCACUAUAUUCACAACUUUAACCGAUAUUGUGAAGAAAUCAUGCACACUGAAGGAGUUCCUAAGAAUGAAUCUGCAAGACUUUUGCAAAAGCAGUUGAUUGCGAUGCAUCAGGAUGUUAUUAGUUAUGUGAACAUGAUUAAUGGCAGUAUAAAGCAACUCAUGAUGCUUGAGUUUAUUCCAGGGUCUGUACAACUGGCCGGUAUGCUUUAUCAGUUGAUGACAAAUUUAAAUGCAAUCCAAUGCAUCUUUCUCGGGCAAUUUAUCAGCUGCUUGAUCGCUAGAAUCUUCAUCUACACCAACAGCGCUAACGAUCUGAGUCAGCUCAGUCAGCAAUUGGCUGCGGAUUGGUUUGAAAUCGAUUGGAUUGAACUACCCAAAGACAUCAAAAUGAACUUGAAUAUCUGUAUUUUACGCUGCCAAAAGAAUCUUUGCAUUACUGUGGGAGAUUUGAACGCGAUUGAUAUGACUACUUUCUUAACAAUAUUGAAGGGUUCGUAUUCUUUUCUCACGCUUCUAACCACGAUCUAAACUGUGGCUAAUGGAAAAUUGGACACUCAAGCAGUAAAUUGGCCGAUUUCCUCAAAAUAUACGCAAAAUAUAGGUAUUAGAGUUUGCUUUUGUAUAGAAUGCAAUAAAUCUUGGUUAUGUCAUUUAGUCGA